AUGGCCGAGUCGAAUGAAGCAUCAAGUUGGCAAUCCAUUGAACAGACCGAAUGCGAGGCCGCCAAGGGUUUUGGGCCCAAUGACGGAGGCGAAUUCAUCGUUCGCUCAAAAGAUAAUAUUGAAUUCUACAUCCACCCGACCGUACUCAGCGUCACUUCGCCCAUAUUUAAAGAUCUCAUGUCUGUCGGGAGCGGCGAGCGCGUGGUAGAACUGACAGAAGACGCCCAAACGAUCCGACUGAUGCUCACGUUCUUGUACCACCAACAUCGACCGGGGGUCGAGAACUUUGAUCUCGCAGUCAAGGGGUUCGAGAUUGCGCGCAAGUACGAGAUCGAGCCCAUGACUGACUGGUUAAAGUCUUUAUUUUGGCUCGAGACGUCGACGCUUUACAUGAGGAACCAUCCGCUCGAGGUUUACGAUGUCGCAAGUCUUAUGGAUUUGUGA